AUGAUAUACAGAAUAAGCAGUCCAGUUUCCGAGACCGGUAGUGGCCCAAAGAGACUCUCGAUGAACAACCCAUUCAGAGCCUCCGCUAUUGAAUUGGGCUUGCAAUCCUCAGACAACGAGUUCCACUCCUGGGCAACUCAGAACAACAUCAAUUUCCCGUACAACACAAACCGCAGAGCUACCUCCCAGAUCUCUUUCACAGGCAGCAGAAACAGCUCCCACCACAGCAUGAGUCCUCCAGCACCACGACCAGCGUCGAACAAUCCAUUUUUGGAUGAUGUUCAGGCAGACAGUGCAGGAAAUAGUUUUGAUUUAGAGAGUAGCGGUAAUAGCAGUGGUAAUAGAAGUCAGAAUGGUAACAGGAUAGGGAGUGGCGAUAAGCGAGAGGGGUAUCCUUCCGCUCAGGAGGAGAAAGAGAGGUUGAGGAAUGGGUAUGUUGAGCAGCGGUACGUUGAGGAGGGAUUUGAGGAGGAGGACUUGCCACCAUCGUAUGAGGAGGUGGCGGGGCGAAGCGGGUAUGGCAGAGAGAAGAGUGAGGGUGAAUCGGGAGAGGGCCGUUACGCGAAGCGUGGCGGGAAGGGGGUGGAGAGUGGUUGUAGUAGGUCUCGGCAGGAGGUGGGCGGUGGGAAUGGCGGUAGUCGGAGUGGGAAGGUUCGAUCACAUCAUGUUCAUUCUUCGUCAGGUACCCAGCGUCCAAGUUUUAAAGAUAGGAAGAAUGGCCAUCAUCAUCAUUCAUCCGGAGAAAAGGAAAAGAGAAGUGGGUCUUCAGGAAAGAAAGACAAAAGUGGCAAGGGAACUUUGAUGCCCAAGAAUGUCGAUACUAUUGAUAAGCUAGACGUUACAGGGCUGUUUGGGGGGGCGUUCCAUCACGACGGGCCCUUUGAUGCAUGUACUCCGCACCGCAAUAAGAAUAACAAGGUUGCACCUGUUUUGGCAUUCCCCAAGGAUGGACCGAAUUCGACGUUGGCUGGGGCCCCCCCUGCGGCUAACAAGGCUGCUAGGAACGAGGUUUUCGGGCUUGAUGAAGAUGACGACACGUAUCUUUAUACUUCGAAGCGCACAGGAGGUGCCCCAUCUACAAAUGCCUCUAGUGCUACUAUAGAUGCUAUUAAAAUCCAUCCUGAGGUGACACAGUUUGAUGCCAAGGUUAAGGCCGACCUUGUGCAUGGGCCUACCACUCAGGGUUUGGGAUCGACUACGUUCCUGGACGGCGCUCCCGCCGCUCCAAUCGCUAUCGAGGAGGCUAUGCAAAAGCAGAAUGCCGUCGGGAGAAAAAAGUCUCUCAGCAAAAGAUUAGCUAAAAGUCCACCCACUAUGAACUCGUCCGGUCCCAGUGCAGAAGCCAUUGCUAGCAGGCGAAGUGGCAAUCCUAAACUUAAAAAAUCCCAGUCUGCUGUGCUUGCAGAUGAUGAAAUUGAUGUCGACGAGGAUGAAUUUUACUUAUCUCCGCUUCCGGAACCAGACGCCAGGAAAGAAUCCUCCGGAAACAAGUUUCUGCGCAGAGUAAAGAGUCUAAAGGUCAGCAGACGCGGUUGA